AUGACAGUACAUGCGAAGCAGACGCGUAGGCUGGUUGUGGCUGGCCCCAUGUCAUUGGAGCAUCUCUGGGUCAAGCCUCACAAGACGCGGUCCAAGUCUACCAAGAGUACCAGCACAGACGGCUACAGUCUGACGGGCGGGGUAGCAGCAGUAGGAUACGGAGCAAAGCCACAGAACCCCCCGCACUGGCAUGACGCCAUGCUCGACGAAAACCUCCCCACCUUUUUCCUCAAGCCCUCGACCGAGAAGAUCAAACACCAUGAAUCCUUCUACUUUACCCAGCACGGCUCCGAGCCAGAGGCCCAGUAUGCCCUCCGCCACGUCGACCCAGCCUCGCCCACGGCCAAAAACACCUAUGCGGUAGCCUUGUUUGAUUCGCGCAACCCCGACGUCCUCUUUGGCGAGGUCAUGGCCAAACCCGGAUGGUCGCUGCCGACGCUCUCUCAGGACGAGAUCCGCAAGAAUGGCGGAGUCCCGCCGCCGCCCAUGCCCAUCUACCCCACCGAGUUCGCCAUCCAGCUGUACAACCCCGACUCGCGCGUCAUCGUCUCGCAGUCGACGUCCAAGUGGAGCAGCAGUAUCACCUGGGAGUUCAGCCUGCCCGAGGUGACGUUUCGCACCCCAAGCAGCUCCCACCUCGACCGCACCAGGACAGACCCCGGUGCCGAUGUCAACACGCCCAGGGUCAAUUUUCAGUGGCGCAAGGAGGGCAGGCUGGGCAAGGACAUGACGUGCUACAUGGUAGGCAAGUCAACCGACCCCACGGGCAGAAAGGCGAAAAAGUCAAAGGAAGGCGACAUUGCCGUCGCCAUGUUCUCGGGCCUCAAGGAGCUGACCGUCAUGGAGCCGCAUCUGUACCGUGUGGAGAUUGAGGACUACAAGGGCCUGGAAGUGACACUGCUCCUGGGCGCAGCCGUCAUACGCGAUUUGUUCUUUGGCGACCUGAGCGAACAAUUCCACAUUGACGGCAAUGCACGUAAGAACGGUGGAGGGCUUCGCACAAGAAAAGGCUCGUCUCCGUUAGAAGGGCCAAAUGUCACCAAACCAGUCAUGACUCCAGAACCCCCGCCACCGCCAGCCUACACCCCGCCAAAGACACAGAUUCCAGCUGAGAAGGCGCCACUUCAGAACAAUGGAGGUCCCAGUUCAAGCUCCCACACACGGCCACCCUCAUACGCCAGCAACAAUGCUGCAAAGCGUGCCUCACUUCCACCACUUGUGACUGGCCAAAACAAUCCAAAUCGCCUCUCACAACUAUAUGAACCCCCACAGCAACCUGCCCAGCAGCGCCCGAUGCAGCGCCCCGCACAGCAGCAGCAGCGCCCUGUACAGCAACGACCCACACAGCAGCGACAACCUGGACCAAGGCUGGACCCGCGAGCACAGUGGCAGAUUGAUGCCGAAACUGCUCGUCUCAAAGCUCAGGUCGAGGCUGAGCAAAAACAACAAGCCGAGGCCAGUCGCAGGGCGCGUCAGAGGAGAGAGGAAGAGGAAGAGCGCAAGACUAAACAAUUCCUUGACCAAGAGCGAAAGCAGAAAGAGCGAGAGGCGAGGGAGCGACAGAAAAAGCAGGCAGAGAUUGACAAGGAGACGGAGCAUCUCAAGAAACAGUUUGGCGAUCAAUCAGGCCUCUACCGCCCCACUGCGCAGCCCCAACGCCAAUCUGUCCAAUUCGCAUCAGGUGGACGGCCGAGCCCGCGACCUAGUCCAGCAGCUCGCCCCGCACCUGUUCCUAUGCAGCCUCAGCGCGUGCAAGUGCAGGCUCCUUAUCUACAAGUACCACAACAACAACGACCAGCAGCAGCAAGCCAGAGUAGUUUCUUCAGCAACGGUCUCCCCAAGCCUGUAGCCAAGGCCAAAAAGAGUUUCUGGGGUCUCCGGACCCAGAGCGAGUCGAGUGCGGAGAAGCUCAAGAAAAAGAAGAGUAGCAUGUUCUGAUUUCUGGGUUCCGUGUCUGCAUUGCAGGUUGUUUGGGCGUUUCGACAAAAUUUCCUUCUUCCUUUUUCUUUACUCAUUGCAUGCUUUCAUGCUUGUAUGAUAUACCCCCCUUUUUUUUCUGUCAUGUUUUACGCCUUUUACAUUUCCAUGUCUGCAAGUGUAAUAGACUCCUGUUGUACUUGAGCACACGUCGUGUUCCGCAUUUUUUUUGUUUGAAUUGCAAGUCUCAAUUGUUAUUCGAAGAGAAGAUGAAUUUCUACGUUCUAGGCUAGGAAUUAUACAUAGGAACUAUACAUACCGC